GUCUCGGCGGCUGCGGCGGCCGCGGCCGGGCUCGCCGGUGGCCGGGGCGGCGGAGGAAAGGAUGGCGUUCUUCGUGGAGAGCUUCUGGGGGGAAAGGAACAAUGGUUUUGAUGUCCUCUAUCACAAUAUGAAACAUGGGCAUUUGUCAACAAAGGACUUAGCAGAUUUUAUUAGAGAAAGGGCUACAAUAGAGGAGACAUAUUCAAGGUCAAUGACAAAACUAGCCAAAUCAGCAAGCAAUUACACACAACUUGGGACAUUUGCACCAGUUUGGGAUGUUUUCAAAACCUCAACAGAAAAACUAGCAAGUUGUCACUUGGAUCUUGUGCGGAGAUUACAAGAGCUAAUAAAAGAAGUUCACAAGUAUGGAGAUGAACAGAUCAAAGCUUAUAAAAAGACUAAAGAAGAUGUUUCAGGAACUUUGGAAGCAGUGCAAAAUAUUCAAAGUAUCACUCAGGCCUUGCAGAAAUCGAAAGAAAACUACAAUGCAAAGUGUGUGGAACAAGAACGCUUGAAAAAGGAAGGAGCAACACAGAGAGAAAUUGAAAAGGCAGCAGUUAAAUCUAAAAAAGCAACUGAUACCUAUAAACUGUAUGUGGAGAAGUAUGCUGCAUUUAAAUCUGAUUUUGAACUGAAAAUGACAGAAACAGCGCAGAAAUUUCAAGACAUAGAGGAAAUGCACCUGAUUCGUAUGAAAGAGAUUAUACAGUCAUUAUCAAAUACCAUAAAAGAAAUCCAUUUACAAAUAGGAGAGGUGCAUGAAGAAUUUAUUAAUAACAUGACAAAUACUACAGUUGAGAGUUUAAUACAGAAAUUUGCUGAGUCAAAAGGAACUGGCAAGGAAAGACCUGGCCCUAUUGAGUUUGAAGAAUGCAACAUAUCCAGUGUAGCUGAAGGAAUAAAACCACGGAAAAGAAAGCCUUUUGGCUUAUCAGGAAUAAUGAAAAAGGAAAAAGAUACUGAAUCUGUGGAGUGUCCAGAUGCAGAUUCAGUUAACUUUCCUGAUGUAGAUGAUGAAGGAUACAGCAUUAAACCGGAAGCAACACAGGAUACCAAAGAGAACCAUUUCUAUUCAUCCAGUGAUUCUGACUCUGAAGAUGAUGAACCUAGAAGGUUCCAUGUGGAAAUAAAACCUGUCCAGCCAAAUAACAGCUCUCAAUAUGCUAUGCCUUCUUUGGAUGAAUUAAAAGUAUCCAUAGGGAACAUCACUCUUUCUCCAGCAGUAUCUCAGAGGCACAGUCCUGCACAAAUGAAUCAAAAUUCAUCCAGUGAAGAGUUAACAAAAUCAAAACUUUCUGCUCCAGCUACUGAAAAGGGGAACAGUGACUUCCUGGCAUGGGAUCCACUCUUCAGCUCUUCUCUCGAGUCUUCCUCUUCAGCUUCUUUGGCAUCCUCAUCCUCCUCAGCUACCCUAACAGAGCACAAUAGGAGCUCCUCCUCAUCUACCACUGAUUUGCCUGGGUGUAGAAUAUCUCAGUCUUUGCUUGGACACCAGACAGGUUCUGGGGCUACGAGCCCAUCCUCACCAGGCUUUACCAUUAGCACUUUGUGCAAAUCUGGUGUUGCAGCAGCGCCAUCAGGGAGUACAAGUACUUUAUCCUGUUUUUCACGGUCUCAGAGUCAGUGGAUUUCCUUUGCUGAUGAACUUCUUACCAUUAGACACACAAACACAGACAAGAAGGAGCCCCAAAGAUUGCAUUUUAAAACUGAAAAUGCCUGCCUUGCCUCUUCUGCUUUGCUUGGGAGUUCUUCCAACAUCUAUGCUUCUGAGGAUCAAAGUGACCUUUUCAAUAACUCUAUAAACCAUGAACAAUUAUUCAUUGAAGAAACUUGCACUGCUGCUGAAAUAUCUUCUGCAUCAUCUUCAGCACUACUGGACUAUAAUGUAGUGUCUUCUUGUGCUCAUACAAAUAAGGCAAGGCCCACCACUCCUCUUUCUGUGGGCACUAUUGUACCCCCUCCAAGGCCUGCUUCAAGACCAAAGCUGUCUACCGGGAAACUUAGUGGGAUUAAUGAAAUACCUAGGCCAUUCAGCCCUCCAUUGACCUCUAACUCAAGUCCACCUCCAGCAGCUCCUUUGGCACGUGCAGAGAGCAUUUCUUCUAUAUCCUCUUCUGCUUCCCUGAGUGCAGCAAACACACCUACAGUUGACGAUGAUCUUUUGAUUCGAAAUCUUCCUACAAUUGAAAAGCUUUGUGAGACGCCACCAGGUGUUUCACGUGGUCCCAGCCCCGUCAGCCUUGGAAACCAGGACACCUUGCCUGUUGCAGUAGCUCUUACUGAAUCUGUUAACGCCUACUUUAAAGGAGCAGAUCCCACAAAAUGUAUUGUGAAGAUUACUGGUGAUAUGACAAUAUCAUUCCCAAGUGGGAUUAUUAAAGUCUUCACCAGCAACCCAUCUCCUGCUGUGCUCUGCUUCAGGGUGAAAAACACAAGCAAACUAGAGCAAAUUCUUCCAAAUGCACAACUUGUAUACAGUGACCAGUCACAAAGUGACUCCAGUACUAAGGACUUUUGGAUGAACAUGCAAGCUAUAACGGUCUACCUCAAGAAAUUAUCAGAGCAGAAUCCAUCUGCAUCCUAUUAUAAUGUGGAUGUUUUAAAGUAUCAGGUAUCUUCAAAUGGCAUACAGUCUACUCCCUUGAAUCUUGCAACUUACUGGAAAUGUGAUGCUAGCACUACUGAUGUGAGAGUGGAUUAUAAAUACAAUCCAGAGUCUAUGAAUGUGCCCAGUACGCUGUCUAAUGUCCAGGUUGUGGUACCAGUAGAUGGAGGAGUAAUAAACAUGCAGUCACUUCCACCUGCAAAAUGGAAUGCAGACCAGAUGAAAGCAUGUUGGAAAAUAUCCAGCAUUUCAGAAAAGUCUGAGAAUGGAGGUUCUGGAUCCCUCAGGGCAAAAUUUGAGCUUUCGGGAGGACCCAGUAAACCAGCAACACUUGCAGUGCAAUUCAUCAGUGAAGGAAGCACCCUUUCAGGAGCAGAUGUGGAACUUGUAGGCACUGGUUAUCGGCUUUCCCUUCUUAAGAAGAGAUUUGCCACUGGACGGUAUAUGGCAGACUGUUGAUGUACCUGUGAAAGUCGUCAGAUCAGGAUUGCAAGAAACACACUCUGCCCUCUCUACUUUUCAAACACUAUUUUAACAUGCAUUAAUUUUUCCAAAAUAUUGACCUACUUUGAGGCUAAACUACAGAAAGUAAAUGCACUUUUAAGAGUCAUUUUGGAAACUUUUUAUUACUUUACAAUAGCACUGAAGUUAACUUCAACACUGUCUGUAAAUGAUCAACUGCAAUACUUGGGGAAAUUUGCUGAAAAAUUAGUAAUUUUAUACAGAGGAAGUCAAAAUAGUAAUCUACAGCUGUAAUGGAAAUUUUAUGUUGUACUGUAAACCUAAAAAUGUAGGAGAGCUAGUAAGAAAUAUCUGAGCUUUUCAUAAGUACUACUCAUUUUUCAGAUUCUUUAAUUGCCAACUUUGAAUUGACAGUUUAUAAAGAUAGCAGUGGCUAAGUCUUGUGUAGUUCUUUCAAUUCAUACCAUAAGACCAACUGAGUUAGAGAUAUAUAAAAGUAACUCGAUGCCCAUAUAUCGUAUAUUAUUAAAAUGUAAGUCAUUUUACAUAGGGAUUUUUUAAACCAAGUGCAAUGUGUUACAAAUUGCAAAACACAGCAGAGAUUUACUUCUGCAGUUACUAAAAUUUUUGGGCCUUGUGGUUGUUUGAGUUAAUGCAGUAGAUUUAAUUUAUUUUUAUAUUAAUUGCAUAACAUUUGUGCCUUUCAAAAAAAGCCUGUGCCUAUUCAAUUUGAUACUCAUGUGCCUCACCUCCUUUAUCAAAGUUUGGCUCUUCAUCAAGAAAGCAUGGUGUUUGUAUUAUACACACAAUUUUCUAAAAAUUAUUUUUACUGCAAUUUAUUUAGAAGGCAGGUUUGCAAAAACUGUAGUUUGUUUUAAAAUAAAUUUAAAACACUGAAUUAUUUCCUCAAGGAAUAAUUGCAAUUAAAUGUGGCUUUAAUUGCCACAAAAGGGAGCUACAUCAUGCAGGACUUGGAAAUUUUUUCAUUAAGUAAUCUUAAUGUCACCAAAGAGGAGAAUCUGAAAAAUCAGUGAAAACAGGAAAAACAAACUUCUAAAAGCAAAUAGUGUUACUCUUUGCUUUGACUAUAAGUCUUCAUACUUUGAGUGUUUUGGGGAUGUUUGAUGUGAAUGUACACAUAGUACUUCAGGAGGCAUUUUAAAAGGAUAUUUUAUGGCUGCAGGAUGACAAAUCCUGUCGUGUAUUCAUUUUUUUUUAUAACUAGCAACUUUAAUAUUUGUAUUUUAAUCUAAUCUGCUUGCUACAGCCUAAGAACAGGGAUGUGACACAUCAGUAACAAUUUUUUAAAGCAAGUCACUAAUUUAGAAAAUUUUCUAUGUAUUUGUAUUACCAAGUUGUUUUUUUGUAAUGUUGAACUAAGCAUUGGGGCAAAAUAAUUAAAUAACCUGCAUGUGACAAUUUCAAAUGAACAUUUAGCAUACCAGUAUCUAUUUCAAAUUCUCUAUUAAAACAGUAAAACAUGCUUGAGUUAAUUCAUGCAAAGCCAGUAAUGAAUUGGACUGCUGAAGCUUUACAAGAAAUUAUGCCUUUGUAGAAGCUGCAUAAAUUGUUGUGUACACUAGACACUUUUGCUGGUGAGAAUUUCAUUGUUAGUACUAAGAACAUAGUGUACUGUAGAUUUGAUUGGAAGAGUAUAUUUGGCUCCUAUAUUUUGCUAAUCUUAUUGAUGAUAAAUUUACAACUCAUAAACUGGUAGUCUUUUUGUUGGAAUUUCAAUUGUAACCUGCUUUACAAUCAAACUGAUUAACACAACAAUAUUUUAUUAAUGAAAACCCAAACCUAUUAUUGCUAUUUUUAAUCAAGUAUUACAUUAAUUUUUAAAUUAAAUGAAGUAGUUAAUGUUUCAGCACUUUUAAACUAGCCUUCAUUCAGGUGUUUUUCAUAAAUUUGCAUUGGGUGCAGGUUACAAUUUUAAAGCCAUACAAGUUUAUAUAGACAUUUUGUAAAGAAAUUCAAAAGCAAUGUAAAAAGUACAUGUAGCUAUCUGAUUCUAAAUAAAAUUAAAAGUAUGUA